GCGGGGCCAGCCCUCUGUGUUUUCAGCCCGGAGCGUCUCCUGCUGACGUCACCGCCUGUGUUUCCUCCGGAGCGUCUCCUCGUCCUCCGCUUUUCUCUCCUCAGCAGGACAAAAACAUCCCCACGACAAAAUGUUUCUGGCCAAGAACUUGAUCGGCGGCAUCAUCGACAUGGUGAGCAACAUCGACCCGGCCCAGUUCAUGCCGUCCGACCCGCCUCCCCCCCGCAGGCCUCUCAACUUCUCCGAGGCCCACGAGAGCGAUGAGGAGAAGCAGUUCCGGAGGGUUUUCCAGCAGCUGGCCGGAGACGACAUGGAGGUGAGCCCCAACGAGCUGAAGAACAUCCUCAACAAGAUCAUCUCCAAACACGGAGGCCUGAAGACCGACGGGUUCAGCAUCGAGUCCUGCAGGAGCAUGGUGGCCGUCAUGGACUCCGACAGCACGGGGAAACUGGGCUUCCACGAGUUCAAGUACCUGUGGAACAACAUCAAGAGGUGGCAGGGCAUCUACUUGUCCCACGAUGCCGACUCCUCCGGGGUGAUCGGGGCCCACGAGCUGCCGAGGGCCUUCAAGGCUGCAGGGUUCCCUCUGAACGACCAGCUCUAUAAGCUGAUAAUCCGUCGCUAUAGCGACGAGAAAGGCGACAUGGACUUUGAUAAUUUCAUCGGCUGCCUGGUGCGACUGGACGCCAUGUGCAGAGCGUUUAAGACGCUGGACAAGGACGACAACGGCUCCAUCCAGCUGGACGUCAAGGAGUGGCUCCAGCUGACCAUGUACUCGUGAGGCGGAGGCCAGAAGUUGCUCCACAAAAACCAAAACAUUAUUUUUCCCGCAUCCCUUCCUCUCCUUUAUGCUAACAACCGUGCAACAGCCUGAAACUCUGUUUUACCCACAAAGGCAGGACCAAAAACCCCAAACCAAAAACCCAAACUGGAGAUUUCGAUGAAAGGGACCAAAGUGGAGCCGCGGCGGCGUCUCCCUCCGGCCACCAGGGGGCGCUGCAACAUCUCCACUGCACAGAUUUAUGUUUUCAUUUGAAAAGUUUUUACCUUUUUUGAAGCUGGACUUGUUUCUGCAAAUGUUUCUGAAUGUCUGAGCGAAUAAAGUGAAACUGACUAAGCGUG